UACCUAAUGGCUCCUACCUCACGACCGGAGCACCACAUCAACCUCAACUACAUCCCCCAACUCACGUCCCAGGCCCCGCCCUCGGCCUCGUCGACCACCUCCACCUCGCCCGCUGAACCGCCAUCCUCGGGAGGCUCCCUUCGAUUCCCAAUGUCUACCUCCAAUACCUCCAACUCGCUGGGCAAUGCCGCAGCUGGUGCAAGACUCGGCGCUGGGUCCCCCUCGCAUGAAUUCGGGAGCAGGCUCUACUCUAAACGAGCACGCGAGAUUCAAGCUCAGGAAGGCUUGACUCCCCAGAUGUGGGGUCCUCCCACGAGCGGCAAUUCCACACCUCUGCGCGAGACCAUCCCAGAGUCUCCCAGCGGGGAUAGCUUCCCAGACUUCAACCAAGCUCCACCCGAGGCCGCGCCUACGGGUCAGACAUCUACCCGUCGCGCUCGUGCCGGGACUCUCCCUUCACGAUUCUCGCCUUCAGCAGCCCCCGGCGGUCUCAUGUCUGCUUCUUCGCUCCUGCCCAAGACUUCCCGACCCACCCCCUCCACAAGCCCCUUCAAACCGGGCCCCAAUUCAGCUACAGACAGUCGAGGCUUCAUCGACCCGGGCUCUGCUGCGGCAAAGUCGGCUCUCCUGUCUCGCCUGCGAGCCGGUUCGAUGCCUCAACGACCAGGCUUCUUGCCCCCGUCUACUUCGCCUUUUGGCAACUCCAUCUUCACCACUGGUUGGAGCAGCAGCCGGGACCGCAGCAGCACUCUGCAGAGCAUUGCGUCUCAACCUUCUAACGGCCCAGGCUCGCCCGUGUCUUCAUUCUCUAGGGAAUCACUUGCUGACACCGACGUGAAGACUCUAGAUUACCUUGGUUUGGUGGAUACUCCCCAGCCCGCCCGAGCGACUCUUGCUCCCUCCGAUAUCGAGCUUCUCCUCGAAGGCCAGAGGAAUGCUUUCGCGCAAAAUGCUCCCGCUUCUGCCAACCGCUUCCGCUCCUACUCGGUCAAUGCAAAGGAGAAGUACGCCGAUGACGAAGAUGAGAUGGAUCCCGGUUAUGGCAGCUACAGCGGUUCCAUGACCCCGCAGGAUGCGGCCAGUGCAUAUGCCAUCCAUGAGGCUGUUCGACAGCACAACCUCGAGGUUCAGGCUUUUGCCAAUUUUGCCAGUGCUACUCGCCCCCGUGCUCGUACUGCCGGCGUUCUUGACUCGCCUUCGCAGCGUAUGAUGCGGAACUACCUUCCAGCCAAUUCCCGCCUUGACAACAGCCUCACUGCCGCUGAUCUCACCGAGGAUGCUGAGUUCAGCCUGACUGAAGCCGUCAAGGGCCUUCAGUUGGGCGGCAAACCGAGCUCCAACCUCGGAGAUGACACGCUAGAGGGUCCUACCCGCGCUCUGUGGCUCGGUAACAUCCCUUCGUCCACCACUGUGUCCUCCCUGAACGUCAUCUUCAGCGCGUAUGGCCCAAUUGAAUCUACUCGGGUGUUGACACACAAGAACUGUGGAUUCGUCAAUUUCGAGAAUCUUGACAGCGCCGCCCAGGCCAAGUCCCAGCUCAAUGGCAAGGAGAUCUUCCCCGGUGCUGGCCCCGUUCGUAUCGGUUAUGCAAAGGUGCCAUCUGCUGCGGCCACCCCUGGUCACAAUGGCAUCUUCCCUUCUCCAAGCCCAGACCCCCACACAAAGGCCACCGCGGAAGGUGUGACUUCGUCCCCUAACAAUGGAAAGGCUGCUGGCACUCGCACUGAGAGCGCAAAUGCUCCUCUGACUACGCCCGAACUCACCGAGAUCCGUGGCGACAUUGUUCAGAUCGUAAAAGAUCUGGGUGCAACCGAUGAGGAGCAGAUGAGGAUUUCGGGUCAGGUUGAUGAAGCCAUCCAUUUCCACCAGUACCUUACGGAUAUUCCUCCUGUCGAGGAGCCCAGCCACACUCGCGUGCACGAUGCUCCCCGCCUGCGUGAGAUUCGCAAGCGAAUUGAUAACCAAUCCUGCUCCCAGCCCGAGAUUGAAGAAAUUGCCAUGAACAUGCUUCCAGAGAUUGCUGAGCUGUCUUCCGACUACCUUGGUAACACUGUCGUUCAGAAGCUGUUCGAAUUCUGCUCCGAGCCCACCAAAGAGGCUAUGUUGCGAGAAAUCGCACCCCACCUGGCCAAAAUUGGUAUUCACAAGAAUGGCACUUGGGCUGCACAGAAGAUCAUUGACGUCGCUCGAUCCCCCGCCCUUCAGAAGAUGGUUGUCGACUCUCUUCGUCCAUAUGCUGUUACACUGUUCCUCGACCAGUUCGGCAACUAUGUCAUGCAGGGAUGUCUGCGAUACUCUUCGCCUCUCAACAACUUCAUUUUCGAUGCCAUGCUCAGCCGCCUUUGGGAUCUUGCUCAGGGCCGUUUCGGUGCUCGAGCCAUGCGAGCCUGUUUGGAGAGCCACUACGCUACCAAGGACCAGCAGCGCAUGGUGGCCGCUACCAUUGCCCUACACAGUGUUCAGCUUGCUACCAAUGCCAACGGUGCCCUGCUUCUGACUUGGUUCCUUGAUACUUGCACUUUCCCUAGGCGACGCACAGUCUUGGCUCCUCGCCUUGUCCCCCAUAUCGUGCAUCUCUGCACCCACAAGGUCGCCUACUUGACAGUGUUGAAGAUCAUCAACCAGCGAAAUGAACCCGAAGCCCGCGACACCAUCCUUCAAGCUCUCUUCUUCUCUGCAAACGAUCAGGUCUUGGAAGACAUUCUCAUUGAUCAGAAUUGCGGUGCCACCCUCAUCUUCAAGGUCCUCACGACUCCCUUCUUCGACGAGAAGAUUCGUGCCGAUGUGGUGCAGAAUGUUCGUAACGUCUUGCUCCGCAUCAAAGCGCAGCCUGCUCAGGGCUACAAGCGUUUGAUGGACGAGGUCAACCUCUCGACUCGUGGCGGACCUGGUCAUCGCGAGCACUCCCAAACUCGGCCUGCAUCUUCCCGUGAUAGCCCUGCUGGCUCCAACGCUGAGCCCAGGCAGUUUUACCAGAAUGUUGCCCCCGCUGGUUUCGAUCCCGUCGCCUUGCAACGCACCGCAAGCAUGGACUCCAAUGGAUUCGACCAAUAUGGCAUGGGAGUCAGUGGCCCCAUGUUCAUGCCAAACAUGCCCGCUAUGAGUGGCCCGCAGCAGAUGCAGUACCAACAGCUCUUGGCGUCUCGCCCCGGCCCAUUCUAUCCUCAGAUGAAUGGCUUCCAGCCUCCAGUCUCUGGUGUUGAUGGCUUCCGAAACGUCGCCCCAGUUGCUGCCCCUGGAUUCAAUGGCUCGCCCAUGAUGCAACCCGCUGCUCUUGGACAACCGGUUCCCAUGUAUCCUUAUGGCAUGUAUGUUCCGCAGCAACAGCAGCAAGCCGCUGGUGGGAACCAACGACGUGGUCGCAGAUAG